AGGGUCGUAGAUUUUACCGAUGCAUCUGCCAAAAACAUCAGCUGUGCCUGGCUGCUCUGCUCUUGGCUGGCAGAUGCGCCUGCGCACGUGGUGCAAGAGCCGGAUGGAAAGGUUACGCAGGCUCCACUUCCAAAGGUCAGCAGCAGUGGAAAGGCACCCGUGACGUCCCGCCGAGAGAGGCUGCGGGAGAGACGGUGAGGUACAAACGUGCGGUUGGGAGUUCACGAGGAGCUCUCACGGGCCAGUUGUAUUUUAUUUCUCAAAGUCUCAUCACAGCCGCGGGACUUUUCCCAUGUGGAGGGAGAGUGCAGAGGGCUCGUCCGACUGGUGAGGACAUGGCUGAUGCCCUCAGCUCCUGGGUGUGGUGGCUGGGCAGCCUGAUGGCAGGACUGGCCAAGGAAGCAGCCAAGCUUUGGUCAGCUCUUCUGUGCCUCUGGUGUCUGAUGACUCAUCCAUCAGCUCCCAAAAUGGAGUACACCUGGUAUUGGCUGGAUGAUACUGGGCAGUGGAUUGAGUACGGGGAACCGCAUCCGGAUCACUGCUCUGCCACGGUGACAUCUGCGCUUCUGGAGAAGGAAUUUCUAGCUGACUGUAAAGGCAGCGUGGUAUUCAGGGCUGGCUCUGAGAAGUAUGCUUUAAGCUUUGAAGAUAUGGUCCAAAUAAAUUUGAGCUAUGGAACUGAAAGAGUAGUUGCCCGACUGCCAAAAUUUCUGCACUCUGAAUGUGAAAAAGAUAAAAGACAUAAUAUUACUCUAUCCCGUUUUGUCUGUCCUCCAGAAUGGGACAAAUCUGCACUGCCUGAUAUCGGGUUUGAGUUGGUAAAGCUCAGCAACACUUCCUGUGAAUACGGAAAAAUUAAGAGGCUAUUUGAGAAGACAAUGGAAGGUUACUGCAUUGAACAGCUGCAGAGGAUCCAGAACCCAACACUUUGGCAAGUUUUUCAGUGGCAAAAGGAGCAAAUGGAGAAGCUCAAUAAAUCGAAACCAGUGGAUGAGCGGCUCCUGUUCCAUGGGACAAAUCCAUCCCAUGUGUCUGCCAUCUGUGAGCAGAACUUUGACUGGAGGAUCUGUGGGACUCAUGGCACAAUGUAUGGAAGCUACUUUGCCAGAGAUGCCAGCUAUUCUCACCAGUACUGUUCCUCUAGGCGUGGUCGCUACAGAAUAUUUGUAGCUCAGGUUCUCGUUGGAGACUUUGUUCAGGGAAACGAAAAAUACCUUCGCCCUCCACCCAGACCCGGCUGUAAAAACCGACUUUAUGACAGCUGCGUGGAUGACCCAACAGACCCUUCCAUUUUUGUUGUCUUUGAGAAGCACCAGAUUUACCCUGCCUACAUCUUGGAGUACAGCAUUGACGCCCAGUGCAUGAUCCUGUAAUGAAUCAUGAAAUCUCCUUUAAAUUUACACUGAAUAAAUUACACUUCCUUACA